AUGGGACCACUCACGAAUGCAGGCUCGAGUUUUGUGAGCGAACGUAUGCAGGAUUCAACGUCACCAAUGGGACUCCAGUCACACCCACCAUCUCAGAGACUGGGCUACGCUGGAAUGGCCAACACUAUGGCGACAAUGCUCACUUAUGAGCCUAUUCAGACAGAUUCCGGGAGCGGACUAACGUACAACAUCAGCAGUAAUGAUGUGACGGUGAUAUCGAAAACAUUGAAAGAUCUGUUCACCGUGACAAACUACUCUGAAGAUGCCACGCUAGACGAUGAGGACGCUGGGGGGUUCGACAUCUCUGGUGCAAUGUAUGACGAGGACUUGGGCAAGCUUGUUGGGCUGGUCGCGCAGAGCAUGACUUGUUAUAUUCGCGACAUGAACUCGACAAAGAUCCUGGUGCCCGGGACGGCGUUUCACCGGGAAGCCUAUGUAUCUGUACGCUGGCCUUGGCUAUCACUUCCUGCAGCACUCGUGGCAUUUGGAGCCAUGAUGUUAGUCUGGACCAUAUGGUUCAAUAAAGUCCGGUCCGGCCCUGUUUGGAAGUCGUCGAGCUUGCCAGGCAUACUGCAUGCUAGGGCCGGAGAUCAGGCUUCGUCAGAUGUGCGGGACUUGGAGAAGUUGAGCGGGAUAAGUGAUGAAGCAGAGAGGACUCAAAUGCGGCUGGUGCGGAAUGAGGUUGGAACACUACGACUCAAUGAUAUGGUCAGAGCCGAGCAGGGCGAGGGCGGACCCUGCAUUCCGGCCGUCGCGGCAUACGCGGCAUCCAAGAUCGUAGCGCUACGUCACGCAGGGACUAGAGUGUCACACGAGCAGCCGGCCCUGAACGUCAUGCACCUGCACCCGGAUUUCGUGCUGGGCAGCAACGACGUGGCCGCCACGGCGCGCAGCGUCAAGUGCCUGGGGGGCACCAACUCGGUCAUGCUGACCAUCCUGCUGGGCAAGACGAUGGGGCCAUUUGCCGGCGCCAGUGCCCACGUCGACGACGUCGCGAGGGCUCAUGUCGCAUCGCUCGACGCGUGGGCGGGUCCCUGGUGGGAAUAG